UCCUCGUCUCUGACUUUGCCCCAGUCAGACUUACAGCACAGGUUUCCGUGUUCACACAGGGAUCACCCCAGAAUACAACAAGCUGACUGGAAAAUGUCGCGGGCUGCUGAAAGACUCCGGCUGCUGGUCAGUCAUCUUGAUCGAUCACCCGCUGCGAUCAGAGCUACAUCAACCUCUGCUCAAAGCCUCACCUACAGUCACCCACAGAGACUGAGAUACACUUUUGAUACCGACCUGCUGACCCCAGAACAGCGACUCUCCUAUGAGGAAAAUGGCUUCAUCCUCAUCAAGAAUCUGGUGUCUGAAGAGGACAUCGACAGGUUCAGGAAAGAGUUUGAACGGAUCUGUCGACAGGAAGUGACGGUUCCCGGUCUGACGGUGAUGAAGGAUUUGGCGAUCGCUAAGUCAGAGUUCGUUCCGGAUGAGAAAGCGGUCUCCAAACUCCAGGACUUCCAGGAAAAUCCUCAACUGUUCCGGUACUGCACCUUACCGCAGAUUGUGAAGUAUGUCGAGUGUUUCACUGGACCCAACAUUAUGGCCAUGCACACAAUGCUGAUCAACAAACCCCCUGACGCAGGUAAGAAGACGUCCCGUCACCCGAUGCAUCAGGAUCUGCAUUAUUUCCCGUUCCGCCCAGCAGACAGGAUCGUCUGCUCUUGGACGGCAAUGGAGAAAAUUACCAGGCAAAACGGCUGUCUGGUCGUCCUGCCGGGGACACACACUGGCACGCUGCAGGAGCACGACUACCCCGAGUGGGAGGGUGGUGUAAACAAGAUGUACCAUGGAGUGCGUGACUAUGAUCCGCAGCACCCCAGGGUGCACCUGGAGAUGGAGAAGGGCGACACCGUCUUCUUCCAUCCACUGCUGAUCCACGGCUCUGGCAUGAACCAGACACAGGGCUUCCGCAAGGCCAUCUCCUGCCACUAUGCCAGCGCUGACUGUUAUUACAUCGAUGUGAGGGGAACCACGCAGGAAAACAUAGCAACAGAGGUGGAGGAGCUCGCACUCAGGAAGCACACUAAAGGCAACGAAAUUACCUUCCAGGAUACCUGGGCUUUCCGAGGCCGCCUGGUUCAAGGAGAGAGGAUUUCACUGUAAAGAAGCCACAGACGUGUUACAGAAAGAAAGAAAAAAAAAAAACCCACCAUAUUAUUGCAGGGUGACCAACCACUGAGCUGAAACUAGAACAUAUUGAUAUGGUGAUGGGUAAGAGGCAACACACAGGCACAGUGUCUUGUCAUGCAAUCCUUAAUCUGCUUUCAUAAUGGAAGCAUGUAAUUCUUAGAUUACUUAGGUGUUGGUGAUUGAGGCUUGAUAGUUUAUGCUCAUUGUAACAUUUUGGAAAUUUAAUAUAUAGAGAAUAUAAAGAUAGGAAAUACUGUUUCAGUAGAAAAUGUCAGUUACCUACCAUAAACAAAUCAUUACACUGUACUUGACAUUCAGUACCCCUCCUGCUACUUGCUAUACAGCAUUUUACGGCACAAAAUGCAGUUGAAAUUGCACUUAAAAACAGUGGAAUCAUGUGAAUGCAUCUUGAAAUGUCUAUCAAGCUGUUUAAUGAAAAUGGAAAGGAUAUUGCGCCUGUGGUAACUGCACAGAAGCUUAAAGAUGAAUUUGUAUGUUGAUUAGGAAAAGUAAGAAUUAUUAUGUGUGAGAGCGAGGGCGAGAGAAUAAUGAAAGCUACAUUUUAAACUAGAGUAGGUGAUUUAUUUCAAUAGCAUUUAUUUUAACAUGUGUUUUGGGAGAGGGUGUGAUUUCAUUUCAUUUCAGUUGGAUACUUUCAAAAUCUAACUGUCUCUUGCUUUCUGCAACGUUGCCUAACCCAGCUUUAUGCAGAAAUAUGUAAAUGAUCAGGGUUGAGAGUUGUAGCUCUUGUUAAUUAACACUAGAGGCCUUGACUUUAUAAUGUCUUAUAAAUGUGUCAACAUGUUAAUUUUAAUAUAACGGUUUGAUGAUGAGUGAGUGGAUGAUGACAAUCUUGCUAGGAUAAAUGUAAUAUUUUGUUAACAUUAAGAAUAAAAAAUGACUGCUAAAACAA